AUGGAUGUUGGAAUACACUUUAAUCAGGAUAUAAAGGACGUUGCUGUUAUUGGAGCAGGUCCUGGUGGUGCUGCUGUUACCAAGGCACUUUUGGCCGAAAACCAUUUCAACAAAAUCAAGAUGUUUGAAAAGAGGUCGAAAUUUGGUGGUUUAUGGAACUACACUGAAUCCUUUGAUAAUUUUCAUCCUAUUCCAUGCGAGGACCCACUUUCCUAUGAUCCAUUGCCUGCUGAACCAAAAACACCUUAUGAUAAGGCACACUAUUCUGGUGAUGAUUACAUCUACCCAACUCCUGCCUAUUACUACUUGGACACCAAUGUUCCAUCUGCUAUCAUGGCCUAUAAUGGCUAUCCUUUUGCAAAGGACUUGCCCAUUUUUCCCUUGAGAAAGGACGUCUUGGACUACUUGGUGAAUUACUCAAAGGAAAUAAGUGAAUAUGUUUUGUUCAAGACUAAAGUUGUCGAUAUUCGACUAGUUUUCAAUGAGAAUAAUGGCACAUCUGCUUACAAAUGGAGAGUCACCUCUAGACCUGUUUCCAAAAAAACAAAUGGGGCUUUGAUUGAAAGUGCUGCUUCUGAUACCAUUGAGUUGUUUGACGCUGUGGUAGUGGCAAGUGGAAACUAUGAUAUUCCCUAUGUUCCUAACAGACCUGGUUUGAAAGAGUGGAACGAAAAAUUUCCUGGCUCAAUUAUACAUUCAAAAUCCUAUAAAAAGCCUCAAGAUUAUAAAAGUAAAAACACUCUAAUUAUUGGAAAUUCUGCUUCAGGUGCUGAUUUAGCCUUUCAAAUUGUCACAAUCAACAACUGCACUGUCUGGAAGAGCAAAAGAAGUGAAACAGCAUUGCCUGCUGGGAAAGAUGAUAGAAUUGUCGAUGUUCCUGAUGUUGAAAAAUUCGACUAUGAAAAUAAAAAAAUUUUCUUUGUUGAUGGUUCCUCUUUAGAUAACAUUGAUAAAGUCAUUUUUUGUACCGGCUAUUUAAGAUCAAUUCCUUACCUUAACAGUCUAUCUGACACCAAAACUUAUAAACACCCUUUAAUAACCGACGGUUUAAAGAUUCAUGGUCUAUACAGGCAAUUACUAUCUUACAGGUUUCCUGCUUUAGCAAUUAUUGGUAUACCGAGAAAUGUUUUGCCAACAAGACUAUCAGAGACCCAAGGAACUUGGUUAGCAAGAGUUUGGUCUGGCAGAAUUAAAUUGCCUGACGUUCAAACAAUGGAAAAUGAGGAAAGUGAAACAAUUAGACAAAGGGGAAAUGGAACUGGUUUUCACGAUUUAAGAUAUCCCGAAGAUGUUAAAUAUUACCAUCUAUUGAAUAAAGAAAUCGUCCAACUCGGUAUGGAUUAUGGUUUAUUCCCCGUAAUAUGGGACAAUGAUCAAAUUAAACUAAGAUCUCACAUUAAUGAAUUGAAAGAAGCAUUUAUUGCUUAUAAAAAGGAGACUGGAAUAAGUGCAACUACUGUAAAGGAAUUACAAGACGCCGGUCUCUUCACUUAUAAUUAUGAUAAGAUUUAUCAGCUUGAAGAGUUGCCACAUAAAAAUGUAAUAUAA